AUAAACAAUGAUGAUUGACAAUUAAAAUUCGUCUGCUUUCCACGUUGCACCGGCAGUAAAAAGGCUUAGAGAACGAUGGCAACACUUCAGGCUAUCAAAUACAAUGACGGUCAAUUAGAGAUUCUCGACCAGCUGCUGCUACCGGAAUCUUGUAUUUUUAUCCCAAUUUGCAAUGUAGAAGAUGCUUGGGCAGCUAUUCGUGAAAUGAAGGUCCGCGGAGCCCCAGCCAUUGCUAUCGUAGGUUGCCUGAGUUUGGCUGUCGAAUUGAGGAAAUUGGCAGCACCAGAGACCAAGGAAGAACUCUGCCGUUUUGUGAAAGAAAAACUGGACUACCUGGUAACUUCGAGACCAACUGCUGUAAACACGCAAUUGGCUGCAGAGGCUUGCGUCAAGCUGUGUGCUCGGCUUACCGACAACACUUCAGUAGACACGACUGCAGCAAAAGAGGACAUCAUAAAACAUUUGGAAGCCAUGCUAGCCGAUGAUGUUGCAGAUAACCUCGCCAUAGGGGAGCACGGAGCUAGGGACAUAACGAAGAAAAAUGCGACCAAGGACAAGCUCAGAAUCCUGACUCAUUGCAACACAGGAUCACUGGCAACAGCAGGUUACGGUACAGCGCUGGGGGUCAUUCGCAGUCUUCACAAAGCCAACAAGUUGGACCAAGUCUACUGCACAGAGACCAGACCAUACAAUCAGGGUUCUCGCCUGACUGCCUUUGAAUUAGUGUACGAAAAAAUGCCUGCCACUCUCGUUUGCGAUAGUAUGGCCGCCGCAGCUAUGAAGCAGUUCAAGAUCGAUGCCGUCAUCGUCGGUGCCGACCGGGUGGCCGCCAACGGCGACACGGCAAAUAAAAUAGGAACGUAUCAGCUGGCCGUGCUGGCCAAGAGCCACGACGUCCUCUUCUACGUGGCGGCACCAUUUUCGUCGAUAGAUUUUCAAAUUCCCAAUGGCCAGUCGAUUCCCAUCGAAGAGCGUCCUCAUUCUGAAAUGACCCACACGGGUUCCAUACGUACCGCCGCAGCUGGGAUCAAUUGCUGGAACCCCGGAUUCGAUGUCACUCCAGCCGAACUGAUUACCGGUGGCAUCAUCACGGAGAAAGGAGUUUUCAAACCUGACCAACUUGCUCCUCAUCAAUCCAAUUAAUAUUUACUGUGGUUGUGAUUGAGUAAAUCUCGAUACGGAUACUGAUGUUGCUGUAGUUGGAUAAAUUUGUAUACUUUGUC